AUGUGGCAAAGCUGUGUGUUUGGCGAUACAGUGAAGUCAGUACCAGUGAUGGAGGGAGAUUCAGUCACUUUACUCACCGAUACUCCACUUCAAGCAGAUGAAGAUAUGAAGUGGCGAUUUGGACCUAAUAAACUUCUCAUUGCUGAGAUCAUCAAUGGGGCUGUAAGCUUCUCCACACAUGAUGUUUCUGAGGGAUUCAGAGACAGGCUGAAGCUGGACAAUAACACCGGAUCACUUACGAUCACAAACAUCAGAAACAAAGACGCUGGAGUUUAUGAGUUAAGAAGAAAAACCAUCUGCAAAUUCAAUAUUUCUGUUUAUGCUCGUCUGCCUGUUCCUGUCAUCAGCAGAGGUUUCACAUUAAAUCCCUUAUCAUCCUCAUCAGAGUCCAAAUGUGUGCUGGUGUGUUCAGUGGUGAAUGUGAGCGCUGUGAGUCUCUCCUGGUACAAAGGAAACAGUUUAUUGUCCAGCAUCAGUGUGUCUGAUCUCAGCAACAGCCUGCCUCUAGAUCUGGACUGUCUGGAUGAUUCCUACAGUUGUGUGGUGGCUUAUUCAUUCACCAACCGGACCACACAUCUCACCAACACUGAACUCUGUCAACCAUGUCCAGGAUUCUCAAAAUGUGAACAUUUUAAUAUCAAUGAACUCUGCCAGAAAUAUGCAGUACACGUCAACGGUUGGGGUUCUACUGAAGCUGUGCUCAGACUGGUUGUCACUGCUCUGAUGGGCGUGGCUGCUGCUGCUGCUGUUGUUCUUCUGGUCAAUGACAUCAGAUCUACAAAUGCUUCAGUGAUGAAAACAAGAGAAUUAUCAUAA